AUGGCGGUGAUCGAAUACAUAGAUCUACAAGUUUUUCAGGGCCAAGGAAAUAUUUCCCUAAUGGGUUUAGAUAAGAAAGCGAUCGAUCAAGGCGAGAUGGAAAUGUUUCUUCAUAGAGACCUUUUCAUGGAAGGAAAGAUGUGGAGGAAGUCACAAAGAGUGGCAGUAAUUUUGUUAAAUGAAAUAAAGCAACUUCAGAAGAAGUUGAUUUUUGAAGUGAAGAAGAGUGAUAGUCUUCCAGAAGAGAGUGGAAACAACAGUGAAAGAGAAGAAGGAGAGCUUAAACCUGAUCCUAAACCCGCUCCUCUUGUCUAG